AGAUCCAUUUAUUGGGAGGAAGGAUGUCGCGUUUGAAGAAUGGAGCCAAGAAAGACCUCCGCCCAGCAUUUCGCUGCUAAUGGGUUUUAGCUGCAAAAGAACAGCAAUGAAUCAUUUAAAGGGAUCUCCAUGUAUUGUCGUUUUGCUCUUUUAUUUCGCACGUCUCUGGGAUGAGGUCGCUGCAAUGUGCCCUGUUAAGUGCAACUGUGAUGACGAGAAUUUACGAGUGGGGUGUGACUCUGCAAAUCUUGAAGUCGUUCCCAUAACCCUAAACCCGGAACUUCGUGAACUGGUUUUGAAAAACAAUAACAUAAAAGGCAUAAUGAGUUCGUUUUCUGUGUAUCACAAUCUAGAAUAUUUGGACGUUUCGCACAAUCAGUUAAUAACAAUAGGUAAAAAUAACUUUCAGAAACAAAACCAGCUUAAAUACCUAUUAUUGAGCAGGAAUAUGCUUUCGUCAUUGCAGAACGAAACGUUUUCUGGUUUGGAAAAACUAACUGUGCUGCAUAUUAAUGAAAAUUUAUUACAAGAAGUUCCACCAAAUGUGUUUAGUGUUCUAUCCAAGCUGGAAAAUUUGGACAUUUCACAAAAUAGAAUUUUCUUUAUUUCAGACGCAGCAUUUUUAGGUCUGGACAGAUUAAGGGCACUUUCACUGAGAGACAAUAAACUUACUGACAUUCCAACUCAUUCGUUCCAUAACUUGCUUAUGCUGUUAAAGCUUGAUAUUGGCCUCAAUUCAUUCAGAAUUAUACCUGAAGAAGCGUUCUCAUAUCUUACGCAUUUAGAGGAGCUAUCUCUUGAUGGUUGUGGUAUACAAACGAUUGAAGUUGGAGCCUUUAGGUGGUUGAACUCUCUACGUGUUCUUCGACUCCAAGACAACGAACUCAAUGAAGUCCCGACGAAAACGUUAUUUGAUGUUAGGCGUUUAGAAGAAAUUAAUAUUGGCCAAAAUAAAUUUAUUGAGUUAAAGCCAUUUUGUUUUAAAAGACUGAAGUAUCUUCGUGUCAUUGAGAUAAGUGGAAGUCAGGAAUUUGUUAGAAUCCAAAAUGGCGCCUUUGAAGACAACAGGAACGUGCAAAAACUAUUGUUAAAUCAUAAUAAAAUAUUCAAUCAAAUUGAGCGUCAGACGUUUAAUGGUUUGCCCAAACUGAGAUUGUUAAGUUUACGGGGUAAUGCAUUCACCACACUUCAUUAUGAUUUGCUUCCUUGGGAUGAGUUAGACGUUUUAGACGUUAGGGACAAUCCUCUUGUUUGUAAUUGUGAGUUGGUGUGGUUAUGGAGGCUGCUGAAGAAACAUAACUUUUCAUCAGUAGGUUCAAAUGACUUGACCGAAGUCCGAUGUAGUAGUCCUCCAGUCCUGGAAAAUUCGUUUCUUAAAGAGACUUCUAAAGAAGAUCUUGGGUGUUAUUUAGAAAACAGGCGACGAAAAAUCAUCAUAGGUGUUAUGGUAGCUACCGUCGUAGUGAUCUGCGUACUUUCGUUGUUUGGAUUUCGGUAUAGAAAAAAUAUUUCCCGCGCAUUUAAGAAUAGAUGGCUAUCUGGAACAAAAGAGCCCCAUUAUAAAAAAACUGCAUGUGUUGAAGAAGAAAAUAACAUUUUUCAUGCAGCAGCAAAUCAAUCUCUGAAGAUGACGCCGGUAACUGAACUAUGAGUGAUAAUUUAUGAACAUGUUAUCAAUCAUGAAUUACAUCAGGUAAUUGAUUACGUUGGUACAUAUGAUAAAAUAAAGGAAGAAAAACCUAUAGUAAGUUUUACAGCAACAGAAAUUCUGGUUAGUAUCUUUGAGUACUGAUAUGCCCGUAAUUGUAUAUUUGUUUAAAAAUAUACUAUAAGGCCUAUCCAAGUAUUAUUUCAUUUAACAAUGAUUUUUUUCGUUUAAAAAACUUAGUCCAACAGAUGUUGUGACAUAAGGAGAACACAUCAUAGUAAAUGAAUUAGUUAACUACAGGUUGACAAAAUAAUUAUUGAAAGUCAAAAAAAAUAAAAACCACUGAAAGCAUCAACAGAUUAAUGACGUCUUGAGAGGUUUACUAAACGAACAAAGUGAAUUAGUUUGUUUUAAUUACAAGACAUUUAAGAUAAUAUUCACGUGUUAGAAAACAGCUCCUAUAAUGGCCAGCAAUUAUAAUUGUUGGAACUGAAUCACGAACUCAUAGUGAUCUUCACUGGGCACAAACACUUUUUCUUUGAUUAACCGUAUAACUUCUUGCAUUUAAAGGGUUAGCCAAUUUGGCUGUGUACUCCAUCUAAAAGCCCAAGGUUUAGCACAUUUUGUCACCGGCCAAUGAAUACUGUUAAUACCACCUUGAAUUUCAUGAAAAUUUAUAUAAGCAUUAAUUUUAUUAACUAGAACAUUUAUUUUGAAAAUUCAACACAAAGGUAUUUGUAACUUUACCUGGACAAUCUGUAGGUGCUAGAUACCAUUCAGAAGAAAAUAUAGGUACUAAGUUUACAUCACAUUGUGGCACCCACUCUGUAUCCAAUGUCAAUAGAUUAUUGUAGUUUUUUUAUUAUAUCAUUGAGGAGCUACGGUAUACGUUUUUACUUAAUGUAGUAGUAUCUAAAUACAUGCUUUUUCAGUGGCAUCAAUACGAAUAUGUCGGAAGCAAAUCGCGAUAUUUAUAAGUAUGUACUGUUAUAGUUCAAUAUAUAACAUGAUGUAAGUAAGCAAUAGUCUCUUGUCUACAGAUCUGUGAUUAGAAAACAUGAUAAACGAAGUGUAUAAUCAUUGAUUCAU